CGAACUAGUUUGCAUCAUCUUGGAAAUUCUCAAAAAAACCAUGGAACUAAAACAAGUGAUUUGGAGUCCUAUUGCUUUUUUUCACGCUUGUGUGCUAAUACUGACAUUAGCCACGGCCCAAAACACCAUUAAUAGCACCAACACCACCAUUACUAAAGCUGCUAAUGUCACAAAACCAGGAUGCCGUAAGCAGUGUGGGAACGUUACAGUUCCAUACCCAUUCGGUAUUGGCUCAGGUUGCGCCUAUGAUUUGGGGUUCGUGAUCAGCUGCAACAUGUCUAAUGAUGGUUCUGCGAAACCCCUCAUAGGAAACAUUGAGGUCUAUGAUAUCUCCGAUGCUGAAUUGCGCAUCUCCAAUGUCAUCGGUUGGAGAUGUUACAAUUCCACUGGAGCUGUGAGAGCCGAAUUUCUCGCUUGGACCAGCUUUUUAGAAUCAACUCCAUAUAGUUUCUCGGCGCUGAACAGGUUUACUGUAGUUGGUUGCGAUGACUCUGUUUCCAUCACGGGGCCUAAUAACUUUGACUAUGGCUGCAACACCAGCUGUACUAGCACAGGCGAUGUGAUGGAAGGAGUAUGUAUGGGGAAGGGCUGCUGCCAUAAACAUAUACCCAAGGGCUUGAAAUACUAUAACACAACCAUGUCUAGCUCAGGAAACCACACCAAUGUUUGGUCGUUUAGUCGAUGCGGGUAUGCAUUUCUAGGCGAGGCAGACCGCUUCCAUUUUCGAGGCCUACAGGAUCUACGUGAUAUUAACUUUUAUAAGAGGAUUAAGGCUAGUGUGCCCAUUGUGCUGGACUGGGCCAUCGGCACUCUUACUUGCGCGCAAGUUCAAGGCAGCGCGGAUUAUGCUUGCAGAGAAAAUAGCCAGUGUGUUGAUUCCGAUACUGAUUUUCAAGGCUACCGCUGCAGCUGUAAAUCGGGUUUUCUGGGCAAUCCAUAUCUCGCUUCAGGCUGCCAAGAUAUUGAUGAAUGUGCCGAUCCAAGCACCAAUUCUUGUGAAAAGAACUGCACAAACACCCCCGGGAGUUAUAUUUGUUCUUGUCCUAAUGGAUAUACCGGUGAUGGCAAAAAGGAUGGCCAUGGUUGUAUUGCUCCCUCCUCUGAGUUUCCUUGGAUCAAGUUCUCUAUAGGUACUGGAGUUGGCUUUAUCUCCCUAGUGGCAGUGAUAACUUGGCUCUAUUUCAGCAUCAAGAAAAGAAAAUUGAUUAAACUCAGAGAUAAAUUAUUCCAACAAAAUGGUGGUUUGUUAUUGAAACAUAGAAUCUCCACUAACGAGGGUGGUGUGAAAGCAACAAAAAUUUUUACUGCUGAGGAGCUCAAGAAAGCUACGAACAAUUAUGCCAAUGAAAAAAUUCUUGGUCGUGGUGGCAACGGGAUUGUAUAUAGAGGUGUGCUACGUGAUACUCGUAUAGUUGCCAUUAAAAAAUCUAGAACUGUGGACGAGAAUCAAAUUGAGCAGUUUAUCAAUGAGGUGCUUAUUCUCACUCAAAUCAACCAUCGAAACGUGGUGAAGCUCUUUGGGUGUUGUUUGGAAGAUGAAGUUCCUUUAUUGGUUUAUGAGUAUGUCUCUGAAGGAACUCUUUAUGAGCACAUUCACAACCAACGUGGAGGGGGUUGGUUAACUUGGCAAAACCGUUUGAGAAUUGCAGCAGAGAUAGCCACUACACUUGCUUACCUUCACUCAUUUGCGUCCAUGCCGAUAAUUCAUAGGGACGUUAAGUCUGCCAACAUAUUGUUAGAUAGUGUAUACACAGCUAAAGUGGCAGAUUUUGGAGCUUCAAGGUUAAUUCCUCUAGAUCAAACACAUGUGGCUACAUUAGUUCUGGGGACAUCAGGGUACUUAGAUCCCGAAUAUUUUCGCACAAGUCAAUUGACGGAGAAAAGUGAUGUUUACAGCUUUGGAGUAGUUCUGGCAGAACUUUUGACAGGGUUGAAACCUAUUAUUAGGGAUAGAGACGAAGAGGACAAGAAUUUGGGCGAUUAUUUUGUGUUGUCCAUGAAUAAGAAUAGCUUGUUUCAUAUUAUUGAUCAUCGUGUUUUGCGGGAAGGGAAUCUUGAGCAACUCCAAAAGAUGGCUGAAUUGGUGAAGAACUGUCUUCAGCCGCAUGGAGAAGAUAGACCUACAAUGAAGGAAGUGGCUAUUGAAAUUGAAGGUUUGAGGAAGUUAACUGGAAUCUCUUGGUCUAAUCAUCAGCAUGGACAGGAAGAGAAUGGUCAGGAUGAAUUGUCAGAUCUUUACCCAGUUCAAAUCAACUCCUAUGGAAAUAGCCCCAAUUCAGAUAGUUCUCGUAUAAUGGGUCCUUCAUACAGUCCAAGUUGAACCAAAAUCUAGGCCACUAAUAAUGUCAUAAGAUUGUGUGUAUGUUAAUGUCCCAUCCCUGUGUCUCUUCCAUAUUGAAUGUUCUAAUGUAGGUUCUUUUCCUUCUUCCUCUCAAUUCAGACCUUUUUUUUUUUUUUUUUUUUUGUUGCUUUCAGGGGUUUCCUUUUUCUUCUUUUAGUGCUGGAAGCAUGAAAUAAACAGCUACAACUAUAAGUAAUUAACUCAGAUAUAUUUAAGAUACAGUGCUGGAGAUCUUUCUACAUUUAUAUACAGGACCUUUUGAUGAUAUGUGUUUCUUUUACUUUUGUUGCAUAUUGCAAAUAGACAAAAGAUUUCCAAGAGUCAAAUCAUUUAAAACAAAUUGCAUACAUAUUAUUCAAAACCAACCUUACCUCAAAAAGUGACUAACAGAGUAGACGGACAGAUAACAGAAUAAAUUAAGAAAGUCAUAGAAUAGCAUGCCAAACACUUCCCCUCAUUGAUAAAAACUGUGAUAUAAACAGAUAAAUCAUUGCUCAAUUUCAUUCUCUAGUUCGCACUAAUAAUACCAAACCCAACAAAAAUGACUUAAAAUGCAACUCAUAACAUCUAAAGAAUUUGAGAA